AUGAGCGCGGCAAUGGAGAAUGUUACACCACGAGCCUCAUCUUCCGACAACGGAUCGGAUUCUGACGGAUUUGUCGUCGUUUCGGAUCAGGAGGACUUCGUCAAGUUGAAAUCGCCGCCGCGGCCUCGGACAGCGGCAGUCGCAGCCCCAGCAAUAGCACCAUCGGCGGGGCUGGAUGAACCUGGUCUUACCGUUGGCAUUGGUAGUAAUGGCGGUGGCGGUGCUGGUGCUGCGCCUCACCACAGGAAUCACCAGCCUGCCACCGCUACUUCUCCUGGGGAGUUAGUGUCAUCGAUCAACCGCAGUCCCGCAGUGGCCACCGCGACCACCACCACUGUGGCCACCGCCACCUCCGCCGCCGCCACCUCCGCCAAUAUCGUCAGCCCUUCUUCACCACUCCGCCCGAACCAUCCAUGCCGCCACCACCACAACCAGCAAAACAGCCCUCCAUGGACGAGAGUAGCUGCAGUGCCCCCGGAGGCGCCCCGCCUCCCUUCGCACUACGUGGAGCGGUCGGCCCUGCUCGAGAAUGUCGUCAACAUGCUCAUCGCCAAGAAACACUUCGACAACGGCCACGCCAGGGGCGUUACCACCACCAACAGCGGCGACAACCAACUCGACAACAAUUUCCCCAUCAGGAACAACGGCAACAACGGGACACAUGUCGAAAAAAGGUGCAAAACAUUCUUCCCCAGGGGCACCAAGAACACCAGCGGCGACGGGAACGGUAACGAAAACAGCAACGACGAUGACGGCCUCGAGGGUGCUGCCUACGCCCUGCUUGGUGACAGCGGGUCGGGGAAGACCGUCCUGGCGUCGGCCAUCGUCUCUCACCCCGAGGUCCGGAGAAAAUUCUGGCGAGGAAUCUUCUGGGUGAACCUUGGGCGUGGGGGAGUGGUGACGAGAGCAAGGACGGGGACAGGAGGAGGUUUGCUGAGAGCUCUGCUGCACGAUCUGGCUGCGCAGGUGGUCGCGUUAGACCACCCACUCCCAGCCAACGGUGAAGAAGCCGCCGCCGCAACCGCACUCCUUGCCCGGUCGGCAAGCGCUGGAGAAACCCUCAAGCAAUUGGCCACCUCAAACGGGGGUUCACAUGUAGGGGAGCUCAGCCGACUUCUGGUCCUUGAUAGCAUUAGCGAGAGUUUCACCGACAACCCCAACGCCGUGGCCGAACUGGAAAGGGCUGGGUUUACGGUGUUGGUGACCUGCUCGAGGCCGUGCGCGCUGUCGGUACUGCGGAGCAAGCAGCCGAUGGCAAAGCCGGAGGUGGGGGUACCCGGCGGGCUGCCCAACGACCUUGAGCACGGUCAUCGCACAUCGCCACACCGUAGAAUCCAUGUCAGUGUGCUGCAUCCUGCGACGCCAAGCGAGGCGGUGGAGAUGCUGCUGAAGAGGGUAAGGCGGCCGGGUGGGGCAACAAUGGCGGUUGAGGCGACGUCGCCCGCAGGUUGGGCAGAGCUGAAGGCCGCUGAAGCUGGUGGCCCGGGUGCAAAUGCAUCAACCAGGGCGUCGUUCGAGUCGUGUGCUCUUCAGGUCGUCAACCACUGCAGGGAGGUCGCACCGCUGGCUCUCGCUAUCGUCGGUGCAGUAAUAGCCGGCCAGGAUGAGAGGGGUGGCCGCCGGGACAACUCGCUGUCCUGCGACUACGCUGAACGCUGCCGUCAGAUCGAGCGGCAAGUCACCCGGCAUCAAGAUUGUGGUGAUGGUUAUGAUGCUUUCAACAGAGUGAUGGAGUUGGGGUUUGGCGCGCUCCCUGGGGACAAGACGAAGGACUGCUUCAUUAGGCUGGGGGUGUUGGCGGAGGGAACGGUGGCUCCACUCGACAUGCUGUCCAACCUUUGGGGGCAGGAUUCAGAGGAAACCGCACGGACCGUCAACGAACUCUCGGAGAAUUCAUUCCUCAUCGAAAUGGACCCGGGAAGCCGCUGUUACAGCAUCCACGACCGCGUCCUCGCCUUCGCCAAGACCAAGCUCCUCCGCGCCGGUUUUGGGCCCGACGGGUUCCAUUGCCGCUGUUACCUUGGAGGGGAGAAGGCGGCAGCGUCGACGACAGCAAGGAGCACGAGGGAGGCCGCAGUUGUGAAUCAGGUGGACUACCUCAGCCGCCCGGGCAUUCUCUCUCGGUUCUCUUACUCCGGCGGAGGAAGCAACGGCGUCAUUGGCGACGGUGGAGAGGCGGGAAUCGCUCUCGGGUGCGGCGACGGAAUGUUGCUUGGGGGUCUGCCGGCGCUCGCAGCCCUGUGGCAGUCUCUGGAAGACCUCCGGUCUGAUGACGACUGCUACUGUGAACGCUUUAGGAUUGUGAUGGGACGGCGACAGUCGCCUCGGCGGAGGUUUUUGGGGGAUGCCUAUGGGGCUUCUCUGCAGAGGAUGGGCGUGUGCGUCGAGGCGGCGUUUGGCUACUGGGCAGCAGCGAAGCUGCUCCAGCUGCAGGGCAUCAACAAAGACGCCAAAACGAUGGCCGGGAAAUCCGUCCAUGUGGGAAACGCUCUUUACCAUGCCGGUGCGGCCCAGGCGGAACGGCUCCCCUCGAAAUCCACGCUGCUCAGGCAAAAGGGCAAGGACAACAAACUGGUUGAUCGGUAUGAGAAGGAGGUGGAGUCUGUCAGGCUGAGCUACGGGUAUCACCACCCGGCCGUGGCGUCCGCUCUGAGCAGCCUUGCCCAUGUGCUAUUGGAGCAGGGAAAGACCAUUCCCGCCGGUGUUCGCUACAGAGAGGCGCUGGUGGCCCUGGAGGGCUCUGUGGGAGACGAUCACCCAUUGGUGGCGAAUGCUUUGAUGGAUGUGGCGAAAGCGGAUACCAACCAACUUAUGCCCCUCCUCGACGGGGACGAAAGGCGGCUGCUCCUGAACACUCACAGCAGCGAGCUGUGCUCGAGAGCCCUGUCCAUCUACGACGACGACCUCGGGCUGGCAGUGAUCAUGUUUCUAAGAGAAAAUACCACGCCUCUCGUUCGCCUGGCUCACAUGCUGGAGGAGCAGGGCAACGUCAAAGAGGCGAAGCGACUUUGCCGGGCGGCGCUACACACCCUGGACGGGGAGAACCCUCUGGGUCGUCCUCAAGUCGCUGCAGUUCUGGCCACCCUAGCGGACCUGCUCGGCAAAGAGAUGCAUGGGUUCACGCUUCGGGAUGCGUUCGCUUGUCCAAUCACCGGCGAGCUCAUGCGAGAUCCGGUGGUUGUGGAGGACGGUCACACUUAUGACAGGGAGGCUAUCGAAAUGUGGCUGAGGAAGUACGGAACUUCUCCCAAGACCGGUGAGCCCAUAGAGCGUCUGCUGCUAGUGCCCAACCUGAACCUGCGGCGCCUGAUCAAGGACUUCCUGAUCGAAGGUGGCGAGGAACUCUAUGUGGGCGGACGGGACGGUGAUGGUGGCGACCAAGACGACGGGUCUGGGGAGGUUGAUCGCGACGAAGGAGAUGGAGGAGAAAGCGGGUGGGAGGAGAGAUCGGGCACGGGGGAACAUCGGGAGUGCCGCUUCGCGCUCGUGACCGAGCAGAUACUCGUACUCAAGUGCUUGGGAAGUGUCUAUCCUGGCGGGAACAUCGAGUCCUUCCGCGUCACGGAGCGUGGGUGUGUGGGCGGGCGCAACCAGCCGAAUACGCUGGCGGGGGCGGAAUUUGUGCAGAUCUCAGACGCCACUGUGAGCAAGCGCCACUUCGGCAUCGCCUUCGACAAGGAGGACAAGCUAUUCUCGUUGCGUGACCUUGGAAGUGCCGGUGGGACGUUCGUUCGCCUGGAGUUAGGGGUGUCCACUCUGCUUUAUCCCGGCAUGAUCAUACUGCUGGGAAGGCACCAGCUGGAGGUGAUAGACGUGUCCUCUACCGAUUCUGAAGCAAAGGCGGUCGAAGGUGAUCGUAAUCCCUUCGCUGUGGGGGACAAAGGCAGCAACGCCACGUCGCCUUCCAGCCCGUCAGCGCCCGGGAAUAGUUCGUCGACGGCAGCCCGCCGCAGAGGCAUGGCCUGCAGUAUUGUUGGGAGCGCCGCGAUUGUCAAUAAAGGGCCCACGACGGACGGCGGGGAGCGAGAACCCAGGCACCCGAUCAGCCCACAGCCGGCCAAGUCUUCGUCCUCGAAGCAGCACGAAGAAGGAGAAGGAGGCAUAUCGGACGACGAGAAGGAGCUAGAGGCGGGAGCCAAGCCGGGCAGGAGGAAUCCGAGAGUCUGCCUAGAGUGCUUCGCACCAGAAGGGACCCCGAUACAGGGAAAACGUUUCUUUGUGGGCAGAGAAGGGGCCACUCUCGGGGGGAGGAAAACCAACACGAUCGCCUUCUCCUACGAGUCGGGCGGAACUGUGAUGGGGAUAGAUGAUUUCAUCUCGGGAGUACACGCCAGGAUCGUGUAUGAUGACGGAGGCGGCUUCUUCCACAUCACGGACGGCAACUCUUUCAAGUCGUCGAAGAACGGGACAUGGGUCCGGCUGAGCGGGAAGCAUACGGAGAGCAGGCCGUACCCCCUGUCCCACGGUACCGAGAUCCUGAUCGGGACGGUUCCGUUCUCUGUGACGCUGGGGCGGUUGAAAAAGAGUUCACCGCCGAAAGCCGAGGUUACGUCAUGUCGUGAGGGAUCAGGACCAUCGAUCCUCGCACCCGCGGGGAGCGAACCCCGACGGCAAUCGUCAUGACGGGAGGGGGGAGAUGAGCGCUAAGUUAGGGGUGCGUGCCUGCUGAACUAUAUUUUGUUUUCCUGACGUGCUGCUUCGAAAGAGGGUACGGGGUGGCUGGCCAAGCCAAGGGAGGCUGGGAGCUUUUGAGAAUCGAGGUUGGUAUGUGCGUGCUCGUCUCAUCUCUUCUGGUGCAGCUCUACACACCUUUCGGUAUAUUUUUUCUGACGUAUCAGCCGGGAUUACACAGGAGGAAGGUCAUUCAGGAGCUCUUUAUUUUUGUAUUAUUUUUACUGCCCCACCUUUCCUUCUGCGGUGCUUGCCUUAGGUUUUAUCACGAGAAGGAUUCAAUCGCCCCUUUGACUCGUUGAUCGUGAAGCCGAAGUGUGCGACGGCGUCAUGUAUUGUAUAUAUAUAUUUUCUACUGUAUUUUCUUCCUUGCAGCGCAUUCAGAAUGUAAGUAAUUUAUUGGAUUUGGUGAGGCUUCCUCAUGGCGGCCGGUGGUCCCGCCCAAAUGUCGUGUUCAUUGAUUUGUUUUGACCAUCGCUCGGAUUGUAUUGAGACUCACCCCAAGCUCACGUUGAACUAACUGUGAACAAGUUCUGGAGCAUG